CCUGGAAUUUUGACGCAAUUUGCAAAUGGCCGUAAGGAGGACCGUGCCCGGGAUAAGGUGUAUGAAAAGCUAAUGGUGGUAGAGUCCGUGUUAAAAACUUGUGAUUAAUUCUUGAUUCAGUGUGGUGUUAUUGUACAGAUACAAAAUGUGCCAAAAAGUGAGAAUCCAGUCUUAAUGGUGAUAUAGGAAGCGCCCUGAAACCGCUGGAGGGACGAUCGAAGUUACAUUGCUGACGGAAGGGUCGGUGCAGAGCGCGGUUUAGGCGUCGGGAGUAGGUCCAGAAAGCAGAACCAACGGAUACACAGCCAUGAAUGAACUUGACAGUUUACGCCAGGAGGCGGAGACCCUCAAAAAUGCCAUUAGGGACGCGCGCAAGGCGGCAUGCGACACGUCGCUGUCGCAGGCUACCGCCAACCUCGAGCCCAUCGGGCGCAUCCAGAUGCGCACGCGGCGCACGCUGCGCGGCCACCUCGCCAAGAUCUACGCCAUGCACUGGGGCAGCGACUCCAGGAACCUGGUGUCCGCCUCCCAGGACGGCAAGCUGAUAGUGUGGGACAGCCACACCACAAACAAGGUGCACGCGAUCCCGCUGCGCUCGUCCUGGGUGAUGACCUGCGCGUACGCACCCUCCGGCUCGUACGUGGCAUGCGGCGGGCUCGACAACAUCUGCUCCAUCUACAGCCUGAAGACCCGCGAAGGCAACGUGCGCGUGUCUCGCGAGCUGCCCGGCCACUCCGGCUACCUGUCAUGCUGCCGGUUCCUCGACGACAACCAGAUCCUCACCAGCUCGGGCGAUAUGACCUGCGCCCUGUGGGACAUCGAGACCGGCCAGCAGUGCGGACAGUUCACCGGGCACACCGGCGACGUGAUGUCGCUGUCGCUCGCGCCCGACCAGCGCACGUUCGUGUCCGGCGCCUGCGACGCCUCCGCCAAGCUGUGGGACAUCCGCGACUGCCAGUGCAAGCAGACCUUCCCGGGACACGAGAGCGACAUCAACGCCGUUACGUUCUUCCCGUCCGGGUUCGCGUUCGCGACGGGCUCCGACGACGCGACGUGCCGCAUGUUCGACAUCCGCGCCGACCAGGAGCUGGCCAUGUACUCGCACGACAACAUCAUCUGCGGCAUCACGUCGGUCGCCUUCUCCAAGUCGGGCCGCCUGCUGCUCGCCGGAUACGACGAUUUCAACUGCAACGUUUGGGACUCCAUGAAGAGCGAGCGUGCCGGCAUCCUGGCCGGCCACGACAACCGCGUGUCCUGCCUCGGCGUGACCGAGAACGGGAUGGCGGUCGCCACCGGCUCCUGGGACUCGUUCCUGCGCAUCUGGAACUAAACCCUGCGCACCAGCACGUUUCUAAUUUUAUAUAGA